AUGUCUACUCCUACCUCACCCCAACUCGAUCGGGUCCGCGACACCAUGAGCUUCUCCAACAUCCUCACAUCCCUGCCUGCCUCUGCAGCCUCUCCUGACUCCUCCACCGACGUCACCGUGGACGCGGCAGCCCUGACCCCGCCCUUCACCCCCACCAAGAGUGGCGUCUGUACCAAGGUCGAGGACGAUGCUGUUUCACCGGGUAAUGACACUGAGGCAUCAGACCUCACUCCGCUUCAGGCCGCUGAGCUGUUCGCUCCGGACCACGGCGAAGACCUGUCUGAUGAUGAGCGCGGUUUCGUCUGUAUGAACGACGAGAGCUCCCGCUGCGUUACAGGUCAGUAUACCAAGGAUCUAUCGCGCAAAGUCAUCUCCGACCACUUCGGCCGCAACAAGGCUUGCACUCGCGACAUAGACUCGUGGCCGCUAUUUUGCCGAAAGCACUACCAGCGUGCAACCUACAACAAGGACCUCUGGCAGAUCCGCAAGCUGAACCUCAUCUACCGGCAAUUCGAAGUCAUCGAGAAAGAGUUCCCCGGCACGACCUACAACAUCACCCUCAAGAAGUCUGAGGCGGCCCGCCUUGAGAAAUACUGUCUCAUGGUCAUGUCUGGCCGGUCUGUGGCGGACGCUGCGAUAGCGGCAGUCGCUUCAGUCAAGGGCAAGCACUUUGAGGCGCCUAUUGAGAUCCUCCGCGAGCUUUACAUGGAUAUGGGUGAUGGCAAGAGCCUCGAAGAGGUCAAGGAUGUCGUCGAGAAGAUCCACCAGCAGAUCACUGAGGGCUCUACGGCACAAGUCCCCUCUAUCGAGUUCCUUCCUAACCUGCGCGGCACGAAAGGCUCGCCCAAGAAGGCUCCCAAGACUCCCGAGCCCAAGAAGCCCCGCGCUGCAAAGACACCAACCUCCAAGGGCACUCCCGGCCGUGUCUCCGCCAAGGGCUCCGUCAAGAAGCCUGCUCAGAAGGCUUAG